AUGGCUCUCACCAAUGGAGAGACCGUCACUAUUUCCAUCCGUCGUCCAACGGAGACCCCCACCAUCUACGUUGCGGGGACCUUCUCGAAUCCCAAAUGGGAGCCCCUGGAACUCAACGCCAAACCCAUAGAGCACACGGAUGCGGACGGGAAGUCCACUACGACAUACCUCUUCUCCCGGGAUGUUGAAUUGCCCGAAGGUCAAUAUCAGUAUCGGUUCAGGGAGGGUUCUGACGGUCCGUGGUUCCACGAUGAGGAUGUUAAGCAUG